GACGGACCCCGCACCGGCCUGCCGGACUCCUGCCCUCCCUCCUGUUGUGAGAAACGCUGUGCCGAGCCCUGAAGGAAGGGAGAGCCCGCCGACGGGACCCCGGACGGCGGGGCUGGAGCCCCGGGGCCCCAGGGACGGCCAGAGGUGCCCCCCACCACCCCGCCCCGGCUAAGGCUCGCCCGCGCCCUCCAGGAUGCUGGGCCUGCAGGUCCUCUGGCUCAGCCUCUGCUGCCACGUGGGCCAGGCCUACUUCGACGGCCCGCUCUACCCGGAGAUGUCCAACGGGACCCUGCACCACUACUUCGUGCCCGACGGCGACUACGAGGAGAACGACGACCCGGAGAAGUGCCAGCUGCUCUUCCGCGUCAGCGACCGUCGCCGCUGCCCCCAUGGGGAGGCGGGCACCCAGGCCAGCGGCCUCCUGACCCUAACGUUGCGCCAAGAGUUCACCGUCCUGGGUCGGCAGGUGGAGGAUGCGGGCCGCGUCCUGGAGGGCAUCGGCAAGAGCAUCUCCUACGACCUGGACGGGGAGGACAGCUACGGCAAGUACCUGCGCCGGGAGGCUAAUCAGAUUGGCGAGGCCUACUCCAACUCAGACCGAUCCCUCACCGAACUGGAAAGCAAGUUCAAGCAGGGCCAGGAGCAGGAGGGCAAGCAGGAGGGCAGGCUCAAUGACAACUUCUUGGGCAUGUUGAUCCACACGAGGGCCCUGCUCAAGGAGACCCUGGACAUGUCCGUGGGGUUGAGGGAUAAAUACGAGCUGCUCUCCUUAGCCAUCAGGAGCCACGGGAGCCGGCUAAGCAGGCUGAAGAACGACUAUCUCAAAGUGUAGGACGGGAGAGUGGCAGGCAGGGACCCGAAGAGACCGUUGCGCGGUUGGGGAGAGGCGGGAAAGGGACGGAGAACAUCCCUCUUUGCUUUUCCCGGUUUGCACCUAAAAUCGAUCCCCCUUUGAAAAGUAAGUUGGAGGGGCCACAUUAAAAAUAAAAAGGAAGCCUCCCUCCACCCGCUCCGUGUUAGAACUCCGCACGUGACUUAAACGCUUGGCUCUACCCCCACCGGCUAAAGGGGGGUUAGCAUUAUAUCAAUAAAAACCAUUUUUUCGUAAUUCCACAUUGAACUUCGCAACGGUACUUGGUCAUUCGAUUCACCAACCCUCAAGCAUUGUCAGACUGCUCAGGAGCAAACAAAGACUGUACCAAUUUGGGGGUCAAGAUCAGUUAUAACCGCAGGAAAGAGCGAAACAGAUCUUUCCCAAGGUAUCUUCGACUUCUUAAAUGUACGCGAGGGAGGUCGGUGAAAAUGUUCUCAGUCAUUUUGCGUUGUUCUACCUAGGGCCAAGUUAGCACUCAAUACCUGAACUCCCUGUGAUUUGCUUCUGUACAGUCUUCCUGUCUUUCUGGGCCAAUAUUUAUUAGAUAUCAUUUUUAUUAACAGCUGUAGAUUGAAUGUGAAUCUCAGGCAUAUAAGUGAAAUCCUGAAGAUGUGUUUAAGUUAAAAGUGGCAGUAUUUAAGAAAUCUGCACUACAUCGUUGUUAUAAAUGAAGCAGCUUCUCGGUUUGUUUUAUCUAUCAUUUGUUGGGUGCUCUUCUACAAAUUAAUUCCUUCACUUUGGCUCUGAGUCACUUUGCUAGCAUCAGUGUUGGCAGAGCAUGCUACAAAAAUAGGGGACUACCCUAUUCGGGGUUUCAUUUGAUGGGAGAUGAAGCUGUCCUAUUGCAGUUUGUUUGAAUUUCUCUCUUGUUCAAGAACGGAUGUUGCAACACUUAAUAACUCCUUAGCUAAGUUGAUUAUUCAGCCAAUAAAGAUAGCCUUUAUCGAAAAUAUAUUGCAUAAUUAAAUAAUUUAAAACUGUGAUUGCUGUUGAUAUUUUCAGAGGAAAAAAAAGAAUUGGCCAGCUCGGCACUUAACAUUCAUGUGUUUCAUAGCAAUUCACACAAUAAGCUUUAAGUUGUAGUAGCCAAAGGAUGAUAUUUCUAAGACGUACUGUUUUUAUAAAUUUCCUAAAGAAAGUCUAUUCUGGGUUAGGAGGCUUAUUUUUUCAUUACCCAUGCACUAUUGCUUGAAAAUUUAGUCUGAAGUUAUUUUGGGAUGACAAGAAUAAAGAUGUUCAGGCUAUUCAAUCUCUAAAUGGCUACUGUAUAUGGGGCUAUUAGGUACUGGGAGCAGGAUGAAUAGUGAUAACUGUUCAUUUCACUUCAAUAAAUGGUUGAAGAA